ACCUCCAACACGCUGUGCUGGGCCCUGUACCACCUCUCCCGGGACCUGGGCAUCCAGGAGACCCUGUACCAGGAGCUGAAAGCUGUCGUGCCCUCCGACCGGUUCCCUGGUGCUGAGGAUAUCCCCAAGAUGCCGAUGCUUCGGGCUAUUAUCAAGGAGACACUGAGGGUCUACCCUGUGGUGCCCACCAAUGCCAGGGUCUUCUACGAGAAGGACAUUGUCAUUGGAGACUACCUCUUCCCCAAGAACACCCUCUUCGUCCUGGCACACUACGCAAUGUCCCACGAUGAGACCUACUUUCCUGAGCCUGAGCGGUGCCUGCCCCAACGCUGGCUCCGGGGCCAUGGCUCCCCCCACCACCCCUUCAGCUCCAUCCCCUUUGGCUACGGGGGCCGCGCCUGUGUUGGCCGCCGCAUUGCCGAGCUGGAGAUGCACCUGGCCCUCGCCAGGAUCAUCCAAGCGUUCGAGGUGCGGCCGGACCCCUGCGGCGUGGAGGUGACAUCUGUGUCCCGCAUCGUCCUGGUGGCCGACAAGCCCAUCAACCUGGAGUUCAUUGCUCGCCCGGGGGCCCCCUGA